UGUGAUAGCAAGCAUUAAGUAACGACUAAGAUAAGACCUUGAGUUUUCAACCAAUGAGCUUCAAUUACGACCGGAAAAAGGGGUCCAAACCCAUUAAAGAAGGCGUUUUAAUGUAACAUGGGGAACUAACCGCAUACGGCAUUUCAUUCUCGGGCAAUCUUACGAGGAGCGACGAGAACAUCGCGAGUUUGGGCGCUUCUCCGCCCUCACGCCUCACGAUAUUCUUUCCGCCGAUUGCUUUGCGGCUUGAUGUCGGUUUCUUGCUAGAGCGUAGCUACCGCCGCAGAAGCGCGCGCGCGCGGUGGCCAGUCACUCAUUAAUUACAUUCCUUAAUAUACGACAUUCUCUUGCUUUAUCCAGUCGCUCAUUUCAUAUAGCAAUGCGCCGCAUAUUCGCGCUUCUACUGUCCGUAUGGACGACAUCGCGCGUCGCCGCGCAGGACGGCAGCAGCAGUGGCGCCGUCUGGGCGACGCCUCAUGACAGCUAUUCCUCCUCGGUCGGAGUGCUGGGGUGCAAAGUAAACACCAAUCGCGUAGCCUACUGGCCGGGCGCAGUCGACUGCGACAACAUCUGCAUCUCGCUGAGCUACGAGGACCGGUCUGUGAAGCUGCUGCGCGUGGACCGGUCCGAGGGCGCGCAUGAUGUUAGCUACGACGCCUGGAAUUAUCUCUACACGGGCUACUCGGCGACCGAGAAGCCCACGGCUGGCGGCGCCGUCGCUAUGAAUUUCGCAAAUGUGGAUGCUUCCGAGUGCGCGGAUCUGAUCCACACCGACGGCGGCAAGCUCCCUCUUAGCGCCGCGAAUAGCAUGAAUUUCUUGGCUAGCUGCCUCGCGCGUCCCGAUACCUGGGUCGCGAAGAAUUAUCUUCUAUAUAAUAUUCUCGACCCCACGUGCGCUUGGGGCCACGACGAGGUGUGCACGUUGGAUUGGCCGGCUGCUAAUCAGGCAAGCUGCCCUAGUACGCUUGGAGACCCUGCUACUUUGACGUCGGCUCCGGUCUACAAUAUCAGAUACCCUUCAGGACAAACUGUUGUAGCCUCGUCAGGACAAGUUGUCGAUCCCCAAAGUGAUAGUAAUGGGUGUGUUGGAAUGUCGCCCAAUUUUUUUGUUUUAAUUCUGGUAGGAGUGGCUUCAAACUGGUUGGCUCAUGCAGGUGGUGUGCACUUCUAGGAGCCAUGUGAGUCGGGCGUGGGAUUUGAUGUCGUCAUAACGCCGACUGGAUGCCGCAUGUAGGUUGGGGGUCAUUGGCAGGUUGGCCGACAAGGGUGUGGCAGCCUUUACGAUGCGGUUGGAAUUUGUCCUAUAUUCAGCAUGAUUACGAAGAGAUACCCUGUUGAUUGUUUGACGUCUAUUUACAAAUAUUUCUUAUCAAUAUAUUAUACACCGAGUUUAUAUUUCAAAAAC